GGGCCAAGUUCUUCAAGAAACCGGGUGGCAAUCUUGCCAGGUCUUACCAGCCCGGAUCUAUGAUGUCUCUGGCCCCUACCAAGGGAUUGUUAAAUGAGCCAGGCCAGAACAGCUGCUUCCUCAACAGUGCAGUUCAGGUACUUUAUAUACCCUAAGCCAAAGUUGCAUAACCAUGUCUAUAUUACAGGCAUAGUAACUUAAAACUUAGUUUUAUUUUUUUUGCUAUUCAGAAUUUAUCAGUGUUAUGUUUUAAAAUUACUUCAAUGGAAUGUGACAAAUAUAUUAUUAUACAGUGCCGUCAUGGUAAUGCCAUGCUUUUUUGGACAAGUACUUUAGAUUUACCAUAGUAAAAUGUAGUAAAAUAUAUUAUAUGUUUUUGAACUUUAGUAAAUAUUAAAGUAUACUAUAGUAUUUACUGUAGUAAAAUGAACAGUACAGGAAUUGUAUCACAGUAUUUACUAUAGUAAAAACCGAAGUAAUAUUCUUAGAUACUCUAGUGUUUUUGAAGCUUACCAUAUUAUACUAUACUAUUACUGUAUUAAAAUGUAAAGUACAAGAAUUUUAUUACAGUUUUUACUAUAGUAAAUAGUUCUUAGAUACCAUAUUAAGUGUUAAAGUAUACUAUAGUAUUAACUGUAGUAAAAACUGUAGUAAAAUUGCCAGGUACAUUAAUACUUACUAUGGGAAGGUUACAAUACAUUUUUGUAAGUGCCGACAUGAACAUAAUGACAUCACACAUCCUCAUUAACGCUUAUGUGGGAAAUUACAUUCAUGAUACAAGCUGUUUAAGUUUUAACUAACCAAAAUCUGUUACAAUAACAGAAGGCACACUCUCAAUCUUCACAUCAGACUGUCAACUCCUCCUCAGUGCUUACUCAAGACAGCGCCCUAAACGGUGUUCUUACACAUACCAAAUGUUUACGGCACCCAUGUCACUCCACCCAUCCACCCGCAGAUCUCACUCCGAGCGGACGCUGUCAUGCUCCCAGCCUGUCUGCCAGUUCCUGGAAGCUCUUUCCCUUGAAUGGGCUUGCCGACAUUAUGAUUAAGUGCAUCUCUCUGUUAUCUUGUUCUUGGACUCGUCACCGUGGAGUGAGGUCACGCUGACGGUUCUAUGGCAUCUCGAUAUCUUCAGACGGAGUCUUCGCCAGGUCCCAAAUCACUACUGCUUAGGAGACUCCUGCAUCUUUUGCGCUUUGAAGGGAAUUUUCUCUCAGUUCCAGCAGAGUCGAGAGCGAGCACUGCCUUCGGAUAACCUGCGAAACGCUCUGGCUGAAACCUUCAAGGACGAGCAGAGAUUUCAGCUGGGCUUCAUGGACGAUGCUGCCGAGUGCUUUGAAAACAUCCUAGAAAGAAUUCACCUGCACAUCGCACCUGACAGUGAGACGGACGCCUGCACAUCCAAGUCCUGCAUCACUCAUCAGAAGUUUGCCAUGACGCUUUAUGAACAGUCGGUGUGUAGGAACUGUGGUGCAUCAUCUGACCCGCUACCCUUCACCGAGCUCGUGCACUAUGUGUCCACCACGGCCCUCUGCCACCAAUUUUAUGAUAGACGAGAUGAACGGAUGCGUCCGGACACGUUCGGUGAGCUGCUGCAGGCCGCCAGCACAGUCGGAGAUCUGCGAAACUGUCCGAGCGACUGUGGUCAGAAGAUGAAGAUCAGGCGCGUAUUGAUGAACUCUCCAGAAAUUGUGACCAUCGGGAUGGUGUGGGACUCUGAACAGUCUGACCUCACUGAAGAUGUCAUCCGAUCUCUUGGAUCACACCUCAACCUCUCAGGGCUGUUUUACCGUGUCACGGAUGAGCGUGCGAAGAAGAGCGAGCUGCUGUUGGUUGGCAUGAUCUGUUACUCCAGCAAACAUUACUGUGCCUUCGCCUACCACACCAAAUCCUCUAAGUGGGUUUUCUUUGAUGAUGCCAAUGUCAAAGAGGUUGGAACCAGGUGGAAAGAUGUGGUCGCCAAAUGUAUCAAAGGUCACUUCCAGCCCUUACUUUUGUUCUACUCGAACCCUGACGGCAGUGCUGUGACCAAAGAUGAAGCCCAGCGGCCCAGCAGCACCACCACCACCACCCAAAACAAGAGCUCGGUCAAUGGAGACGCACCAGGUACUCCUGUACUGGGUAGUAAGAAGUUGGAGUUGACUCGGGAGAAUCUGGCUGCGUUCUUCACGAAUCAUGGUACUCUGAAGCCAAAGUCUCAGCCGCCCUCGCUGUUCAGUCGUGGCAGUAAUCAGACCAGCGUUGGAAGAGGACCAGUGAAGAUGAACUUUGAUCCUAAGAGUCACUUGAGAGAGAUUUCGAGGGAGUUGAAAGAAGGCCGUACCAUCAACCUUAUCAAGAAGGAUUCUGACAGGUCGCAGGGCAAACCGGAAAUACAGAGAACGCAGAGACAGCAAGAUUUACCUCAGGAGAAGCCCUAUUCCCGUUCAUUGUCCCCUCCAGAAAACGGUUUCAAGCAUCUACAGUCUCGGCUCUACAGCAGUCAGGGCAUGGGCCCAACAAGGACCGAGAGCUCCCCCUUUAACAACAGCCUGCCCGACCGUCGGCCACGCUCCCAAUCCCACCCUCGUGUCCCGGUCCAUCCCCCCAGCGACGGACUCUCCCGAAAGAUAGAUCUCUACAACGGCUACGACACGGACAACAGUCAGGACUCUCGCACCUAUGGAGGUUCCCGCAGCCGAUGGAGGCCCAUGCGGGAGGCGCUCAAUGUCGAUAGCGUUGUCAAAAGCGACAGUAAUCAAAACUACCGCAACACUCCCAGACAGACCUCGAUUCAGGAGAGCGGGGAGUUGACGUGGGCCCGGUGCGAGGAGCGCAAACCCAAGAGUUUAAUGACCAUCUAUGAGGACGAGCAGAGGCAGGAUAUGGGCAGCAAGAGCUCGCUGGAGUCGGAAGGUCGGCCGCCUCCGGAACAGGAAAGGGUCAAGGGAACGGUCAACAGUCUCGCCUUUCGAAAUGAUAACUGGAAGAUGCAACGCACGGAGUCUGGAUACGAAAGCAGCGAUCGUCUCAGCAACAGCUCUGCUAACCUGGACUCUCCCGUGGUGGAGAAUUUGGGCAGCAAAGAAAUUCACUCAGUAUCAGAACGGGAAUACCAGCGGAGGUAUGAAGAUUCAAAGGCAGACAUCUUACCUUCGUCCAUCUUCUACGGUGACCAUCAAAAGAGACCUCUGGAUCACUCCACCAGUCCACGAAGACAAGCACUCCGAUACAACCCUUCUAAGGAACGAACUGAAAAUACCACAACAGAGCGAGUAGACGUAUUAAACGGGAACCCCGCUCCACCUUAUUUUAGCAAAACCAGCAGGUCCGAGUGGAAUAGCUCGGACGACCUCGCCGGCCCCUUUUCCGAGCAGGAAGAUUCCUCCUCACGCACCGUUACAACUCCUCAAGCUCCCACUCGGAAAUCGGCCCACGCCACAGCUCCACCGUUACCUCCCAAACCCAACGUUCUGACUUCAGAGAACCGCCGACGCCUCCCGCAGGAUCCCUCUCCGCCAAGCCCUCAUCGUCUUCCCCGGAACGGAUCGGCUCUGUCCCACACCAGCCUGCAGAAGUGGCUGGAAAACUCAUCCGAAUCGAACAUGCCCUUAUCAGACACAAGCUCCAAAUCGGGUUCGUCUGAUCAGGAGAGGAAUGAUCUCUCGGCUAGUGAGGGUGAAGAGAAGUUUGCCGCCGUUCCUCUGUCGGGCUCUCCUGUCUUUCCCACCACGUAUUUUUCUGUGGAUAGUUGCAUGACAGACACGUACCGUGCCAAGUAUCAUAAAAAGAGACCUGCUCUUUACAUGGUGGCAGACUCUAGAGAUCACACCUCAUCUGGUGAGAGUGAUUAUGGGGAGGGAGUUUCACCAGCUCCUUCUGAAACACUGACAACACAGCACUCCAGAGCGAUACCGGUACCAGUUCAUGUUGCCAGUAAAUCCACUGCAAAAUGGAACCUUGUUUCUGCGAAAGGCUUGGAUGAACAUGGCUACCUAUGACGACACAUCUCAUCUGUGAAAUACACGGUGGUAACGAAAGCAAAAAAACGACAUCCCUCUGCCUUUGACAUAUGGAUCAACAGACUUUAAAUUGCCUUCUUGUUUCUACAUUUUAAAAUUAUGCAUUUGAAGAGAGAGAGUAUGUAACGUCACAUUUUCAAGCCGAAAGAGACGUUUUAUAACUUUUUCCCGAAACACUCCUUUGACUACUUAGAUCUUUGACGUAGGAGGACUAAAGACUAACAAAACUAGCACUGAAAGUUUAAACUGUACAUUGGAAAUUUAAAACGCCCAUCAUGCAGUUAUUUGAUGCUCUGGUUUAGUCUUGAAUGGUUAAAUGGGUUGUUUUUGAGUUUUGGGGGGCAGAACUGGUAAUAUGUCUGAUUGUAUUUUCAGAGAGUGAAGCUGCUACACGUACUCAUGUUCAGUAAGAACUGCCUUUGAAAAGAGACAUUAUGCCUAUCUUAAUAUAUUUCAUGGCCUUGGUUUGUUGGUUUAGAUCUUAUUUUUUUAUGAAGUUCCCGAUCACUUUGGAUAUUUGCACCGUUAUGAUCAGCUCUGUUUAUUUUGACUAAUGUGCACAGAGAUUUAUAGUCGACACUGGAGAAUUAAAUAUACGAUUACUGAGACGAAUUCAUACAUGGUGUGAAAAUGUUCAUUUCUGAAAUGAUUUGGGCAUACCAAAGUGCUUUUGUUUUUUCUUUCCAUAUUUGGAACAGAACGAGUUGUACAUUUGAUAUUUGUGUUUGGUUUGUAUAAUGAUGUUUUGUAUAUUGUUGAGCGGACGCCACUAAAUUCAGUGCCUUAUUUUGUAUGUGAAGAUGGGAUGAUGAUGUUUUUAUCUGUAAACUGGUAACUUUUAAAUUCUUUUGUAUAAUGUAGUUCAUUUGGGUUGAUUAAGACCUUUUAAUAAACUGAUUUAUUUAAGCAUUA